GGCGGCGUUAUGGACCUGGUUAAGUGUCCGGAGCACGGAGCCGUCUGCUUCUUAAAGACCGGCGUUCGCGAUGGUCCGAAUAAGGGAAAGAGCUUCUAUGUGUGCCGGACGAACACGUGCAGCUUCGUGCAGGCCACCGAUAUUCCUGUUUCUCAUUGUUUAUUGCAUGAGGAGUUUGUGGUCGAGCUUCAGGGUUUGUUUCUACUACAGGGCAAGAAAGAAUGGAGGUUGUUCUUCCGAUGUGCUAGAACUAAGGCGGAGGGGAAGCACUGGUGUGGAGCCAUCCCGUGGCAGGAUCCUAAUCGUAAGGAACACUGUGUAACCAGUAAGCCUCAGUUACUGCCUCGCUCUCCCAGCCAGUCGAGAAACCCAUUUAGGGUACUUGACAAGAAUAAAAAAACACUUGAACACAAACAGUUUGUCGAAGGAGAAGGUGAGAGAAAGACAGCUGAUAAGAAGCUGAGAGAAAACAGAGAGCAGCUCUUGGAUCAAAAGAAGGAACAGAAGCCCAAACCUAACUGCAGGAUGGAGAAGGAUCCUUCAUCUGACCUGGUGACAGCUAGACAGUCUGGAGGUGACGGGGAAGAACAAGAGGAGAAAACAAAGUUCCAUCCCAAAACUAAGAAAACUGGAGGAAUGGCUUCCAAACAAGGCCAUGCAGAGGUGCUUCAAGGAACACCCAAGGGUCCUCAGAUGUCAGAGAGUGAGAGUCGAGAGGUCCCGAACAAGCCAGAACCUCUGAGAGAAAAGGAAACCCAGCUUUUGGUGCCAAGUAUUCCUGGUCAGAACCCAGAAAGCAAGGGCCAGAAAGAGGGACACCUCAACAGGGAGCAGCUCAAGAACAGGGAGGUCCAAGGCAAAACAGGAACAGAUGCCCCCGAUGUAGCACAGGUAUCCCAGAAGGGGCUAUCUCAGGGGCCUCUCCAGGGACCUUCCAAGACUUGGAGGCCUGCUCCCAAAGCACGGGUAGCACCUGACCUUUGCUCGGGAGCGGUACAGCAUGCCACCUCCAGCAGUGAUGACAGUGAGGAUGAUGGUGCUUCCAGUAGGCCAGGGUCCCCACUUCUCUUUGACUUGACGGUGGACUCACAGAAGAAGGGGAGCCUUCAACAUUCUGACCAGAGUGUGCAGAGACGGACACCUGCUGCUUCAGGUGUUUUCAAGAAGGGAGAAUCAUCUGACCCAGCAGCCCAGCGUGCAAACCUUACAACACAGCUGAAACAAAAGAGGGGCACCCUGGCUGCAGUGAACAUCCAGGCUCUCCCUGACAAGGGGGAGAAGUUGCUUAAGCAAAUCCAGGCUUUGGAGGACGCACUUAAUGCCCUGGCUCUCUCCCCAGAACAAGGAACUAGGGAGAACUGCAGCUCUCAGGAACCAGAGCAGAGGAACAUCACCAAAACUGCUGCUGCUCCUCUACACUUGGUACCUCCUCAGCCCCUUCCCAGGCCCCAUAUCCAGCCUACAACCUCUCUGGGACUAAAGGCAGGCCGCCAGGAAACUCCUGAAGGAGCCAGCCAGUGCUCAGGAGGCCAUAUGAACCAACAUCGUCUUUAUAAUGUAUGGAAAAUCACGAGUGAAGCUAUUGAUGAACUGCAUCGGUCAUUGGAAUCUUGUCCUGGUGAAACAGCAGUGGCAGAAGACCCAGCUGGCUUGAAGGUCCCCUUGCUGCUGCACCAGAAGCAGGCAUUAGCCUGGCUGCUGUGGCGGGAAAGUCAGAAACCACAAGGAGGGAUCCUGGCGGAUGAUAUGGGCUUAGGAAAGACUCUGACAAUGAUCGCACUCAUCCUAACCAAGAAGAAUCAGCAGAAAAGCAAGGAGAAGGAAAGAAGCAUGCCUGUGACGUGGCUUUCCAAGAAUGACUCCUCUGUCUUUACUUCCAAUGGAACGCUAAUUGUCUGCCCCGCUUCCCUGAUCCAUCACUGGAAGAAUGAGGUAGAGAAACGUGUGAACAGCAACAAACUCAGAGUCUAUCUCUACCAUGGGCCAAACCGGAGUCGGCACGCAAAAGUACUGUCUAUGUAUGACAUCGUGAUUACUACUUAUAGCCUUCUGGCCAAGGAGAUUCCUACAACGAAGCAAGAGGGAGAGGUCCCAGGAGCAAAUCUCAGUGUGGAGGGCAUCUCAGCACCUUUGCUUCAGGUAGUCUGGGCUCGGAUCAUUCUGGAUGAAGCUCAUAACGUGAAGAACCCUCGAGUACAGACAUCCAUUGCUGUGUGUAAGCUCCAAGCCCAGGCCCGGUGGGCUGUCACUGGAACCCCCAUUCAGAACAACCUGUUGGAUAUGUAUUCACUGAUGAAGUUUCUCCGCUGCUCCCCAUUUGAUGAGUUCAGUCUUUGGAAGAGUCAGGUUGACAAUGGUUCAAUGAAAGGAGGAGAACGGUUAAGCAUUUUAACCAAGAGCCUUUUGCUGAGGAGAACAAAAGACCAACUGGAUUCCACUGGUAAACCUUUGGUGCCACUGCCUGGGCGUAGAUGUGAGCUGCACCGGUUAAAGCUUUCUGAAGAUGAGCGGGCUGUCUAUGAUGUCUUUCUUGCAAGGUCAAGGUCAGCUCUUCAGUCCUAUCUAAAGAGACAAGAAGGUAGAGGCAGCCACCCUGGAAGAAGCCCUGAUAAUCCAUUCAGUAGAGUGGCUCAGGAGUUUGGGUCCAGCGUGCCCCAGCACUGCCCUGCAGCAGACUCACAGAGACCCAGCACCGUGCAUGUCCUAUCCCAGCUUCUCCGGCUUCGCCAGUGCUGCUGCCAUCUUUCUCUGCUGAAGUCGGCCCUGGACCCCACAGAACUGGAGAGUGAAGGCCUUGUCCUGUCCCUGGAAGAACAGCUCAGUGCUCUGACCUUGUCCAAAGUCGAUGUCUCAGAGCCGUCACCCACUGUUAGCCUUAAUGGCACAUGCUUCAAGGUGGAGCUGUUUGAUGACACACGAAGGAGCACCAAGGUGUCUUCUCUGCUAGCAGAACUGGAGGCAAUUCAAAAAGGCCCAGGGUCCCAAAAGAGUGUCAUUGUCUCUCAGUGGACCAGCAUGCUGCAGGUAGUAGCACUGCACCUCAAGAAGAACCGACUGACUUACGCCACCAUCGAUGGCUCUGUCAACCCCAAACAGAGAAUGGACUUGGUGGAGGCAUUUAACCACUCCCAGGGGCCUCAGGUCAUGCUGAUCUCCCUCUUGGCUGGUGGUGUUGGACUCAAUCUGACUGGAGGAAACCACCUUUUCCUUCUGGACAUGCACUGGAAUCCCUCACUUGAAGACCAAGCUUGUGACCGGAUUUACCGAGUAGGGCAGGAGAAGGAUGUUGUCAUACACAGGUUUGUCUGUGAAGGGACAGUGGAAGAGAAGAUCUUACAGCUCCAAGAAAAAAAGAAAGAUUUGGCAAAACAGGUCCUUUCAGGAUCCGGAGGACCUGUCACCAAGCUCACACUGGCUGACCUCAAGAUCCUCUUUGGCAUCUAGCUUCCUUUGCUGGUGCCAGUGUACCAGGGUCUGGAGGGAUGCUCUUUCCAUGAUCCUGGAGCCUUAGAUUUCAUCUUACUCAAAGUGAGGCUUGUUCGUAUGCCAAGAAUUGAGGAUAGGUUACCAUGUUAACAAACCAGUUAGUCAAUCAUGUUUAGCACUCAGCUCAUGUAAUGUGCACCAUAGAAACCAAUUGGUUAUUUCAGAAUUAAGCCUGGCAUGCUGGAGCAUGCCUAUAAUCCAGCAAGAAGAUGGAGAGUUCCAGUCUGGCCUCUUAUAGACUCUUUCUCAAAACAAACCACAAAAGUGCUUUGGAAGCCAGCCGUGUAGUCCAUAAUUCCCAGCACUCCAGAGGCUGAGUGGGGAUUGUGAGUUAGAGGCCAGUUUAUGCUACAGAGUAAAUUUUAGGCCAGCCUGAGUUACAGAAUGAGACCGUGUCUUAGAAAAACAAAGUAAAACCAAUGAGAGCUUUGGCAUCAGAUGGCCUGGGAAGAUAAGUCUGGAAGAAUUGUGUAACUGCGUCUGUGUAGAGCUCAGCAGUCAUUAAAAGCAUAGUGACAAAUGCCUAUAAUGCUAGCACUUUAGAGGCAAAGGCAAGAAGGUUAUGAGUCUAAGGUUAGCCUGGGUAACUGAGUUCUUUGGCAGCCUUAAUUACAUGGUAAGACCCUGCCUGUCAAACGGCUACAAAGCCCUGUGUUGGCAUGUUUGGGGCUGAUGGCAGACCUGGUCUUAUUACCUUGCCUAUGUAGGCUCUGUCCUGUUUCCCUGCUGGCAGGCUGUUCUUUUCGAGCUGAGAAGAGGGUAGAUCCUAUAACCAGCCAUCCCUGUGUGGCCCCCUGGAUCCAGGCAGGUAUAGGGUCAAGAUGCUUCACAUAUAAACAGAAGUGGAGUAUUACUCAGGGUAUCAUCCAGCAGCUGCCAUUUAGCCUGUGCAUCAUGGCUUCACUUAAGAGCGUAUCAACAUCAGUGUGACUGUGUCACGCAGUUUCCUCACUGUAUCAUUUGGUAUCACAGUAUUUCUAUCAUAUUGUAUUUGCAUUAUUUAAUGUUUAUGUGCAUUUUAGUUGCCAGUGGCAUGUAAUACUGUUGUUUCAUUUAGUUUUUGCCAUUGUACCACAUUGUGUUAUCAUUGGUAUAGUCUAUUAAACACCUUCGGCAGUGCA